UACAACUUGAACUCGUCUCCUCAGCUUCCAUCCUUCCUUUCAUCUCCCUUCAGCUGCUAUGGCUAUCAAACACGUGCGUUCAUUGAACUCAGGCAUGACAGUGGAGGAAUUCAAGGAAUGGCUCAUGAGGUUCGACUCAGACGGCGAUGGGCGAAUCAGCAGGCAUGAGCUUCGACAGGCGAUUCGUAGCAUUGGUGGCCGGUUCAGCUGGUGGAAGAGUAAGAAGGGACUCCGGCAGGCCGACUCAAAUGCUGAUGGAUUCAUUGAUGAUGCAGAAAUUGACAAUCUUGUGAGCUUUGCACAGAAGAAAUUGGGGUUGAAGAUAGCAGCAGAUUAACUAGCUUGUGCUGAACUUUGCCUUAACUGUUUAAUAAGCUUCUGCUGCUUCUGCUUCUAGCUGGUUUUUAGAUAUGUCAAGUUGUAUCAUCUCUGAUCUUUAAUGACAGGUUGGAGUUUCUAGUUAAUGAAAAGUAUUGUUGGUAUGUGUGAGGGUAACUGAACCUUUAAAAGCUUUGAGUUAUAGUUCCGAUCUUUCAUGUCUCAGACCAUUUAAAUCUUAUAAGUUUGAAGAGAUCAGCAAAUUAAUUAACUUCUGUUCAAUUUUACA